AAGAAAAAGACAGUUUUUUGCGGCUAACUAACAUCUCAAUCAGCUUCCAUGGCUAAAGUCAGCUCCUCCUUGGUACUUCUCUUCAUCUGUGUCUUAUGCAUUAUAGGCACUGUCGAGCCAGCCAAGCCCAGAGGGAGACACUCUCAGCAGGCCAGGCCCUACAUCGAGGCCUCCUGCAAAGGCACGCGCUAUCCAAACCUGUGCAUCCAGUGCCUCUCCGGGUUCGCCAACUCCUCUACAAUCCAAAACCCAGAAGAGCUGGCCAAAGUCGCUCUCUCCGUAAGCCUUUACCGUGCCCAUCACACCAGGUGGUUCUUGCUAAAAGCGGCUAAGCAGCUCCAGGCGGUGAAGGCCCGGGAAUACCCAGCCGUAAGCGAUUGCCUGAAACAGAUAGACGACAGCGUUUUCCAACUUAGCCAAUCAAUCAGGGAGCUCCGCCGCAUGAACGAAUCAGCCGUGAGCGACGACGUUUUUUGGCAUAUCAGCAACGUGGAGACAUGGACCAGCGCUGCCCUCACCGACGCCAGCACUUGUCUUGAUGAGUUCCCAACAGAGCGGAACAUGAGCAAAAUGAAAGCCACGAUUAAGGGCAAGGUCUUGAACGUGGCACAAGUUACCAGCAACGCUCUCGCCUUGUUUCACCGAUACGCCGCAAGGUAUAAAGCGGCUGCGGAAACGAGGCCAUAAGACAGUCCUCUCUAAGGUUAGGUCAUACGUCUAAGCCCGCAGUAACUGAAUUAAUUGUGGUGAACAAAGUCUUGUUGUUUGUAUUGGCCGGUUUUAUUUGUGAAGAUUUUGUUCGGUCUACUUUGUAAAUUGUAAUAGUAAUAUUAGAUAUAUAAUAUACGUAUAUAUGAAUCUCUGUUCAAUUCAAAGUGUGAAAUGUCAAAAGCAAAUGCCUAUAAAUUUUGUUUUGUUUG